GGCGGCACGCUGAGCCCAGGAUGAGGGCGUCGGUGGUGCUGACCUGCUACUGCUGGUUGCUGGUGCGGGUGAGCAGCAUCCACCCAGAAUGCCGGUUUCAUCUGGAAAUACAGGAAGAGGAGACAAAAUGUGCAGAGCUGCUGAGCAGCCAAACGGAGACUCACAGAGCUUGCAGCGGUGUCUGGGACAACAUCACAUGCUGGCGCCCUGCAGACAUUGGGGAAACUGUCACAGUGCCCUGCCCCAAAGUGUUCAGCAAUUUCUACAGCAGACCAGGAAACAUAAGCAAAAACUGCACUAGUGAUGGGUGGUCGGAGACAUUUCCGGAUUUCAUAGAUGCAUGUGGCUACAAUGACCCCGAGGAUGAGAGUAAGAUCACGUUUUAUAUUCUGGUGAAGGCCAUUUAUACCUUGGGCUACAGUGUUUCUCUGAUGUCUCUUACAACAGGAAGCAUAAUUAUCUGCCUCUUCAGGAAGCUGCACUGCACAAGGAACUACAUCCACCUGAAUCUGUUCUUCUCCUUCAUGCUGAGAGCCAUCUCUGUGCUGGUCAAGGACAGUGUGCUCUACUCCAGCUCAGGUACACUGCGCUGCCACGACCAGCCGGGCUCCUGGGUUGGCUGCAAGCUCAGCCUGGUAUUCUUCCAGUACUGCAUCAUGGCGAACUUCUACUGGCUCCUGGUGGAGGGUCUCUACCUGCACACCCUCCUGGUAGCCAUCCUUCCUCCCAGCAGGUGUUUCCUGGCCUACCUUCUUAUUGGAUGGGGUAUCCCCAGUGUGUGUAUAGGUGCAUGGAUAGCAACUCGCCUUUCUUUAGAAGACACAGGUUGCUGGGACACGAACGACCACAGCAUCCCCUGGUGGGUCAUUCGGAUGCCCAUUCUAAUUUCUAUUGUAGUCAACUUUGCCCUCUUCAUCAGCAUUGUAAGGAUCUUACUUCAGAAGCUAACUUCUCCAGAUGUUGGUGGCAAUGACCAGUCACAGUACAAGAGGCUCGCCAAAUCCACACUGCUGCUAAUCCCACUGUUUGGCGUCCACUACAUGGUGUUUGCUGCCUUCCCCAUCGGCAUCUCCUCCACGUACCAGAUCCUGUUUGAGUUAUGCGUUGGUUCCUUCCAGGGCCUGGUGGUCGCAGUUCUAUAUUGCUUUCUGAACAGUGAGGUACAGUGUGAACUGAAAAGAAGGUGGAGAGGCCUGUGCCUGACCCAGCCUGGGAGCCGGGACUACCGGCUGCACAGCUGGUCCAUGUCCCGGAAUGGCUCAGAAAGCGCCCUACAGAUACACCGUGGCUCCCGCACCCAGUCCUUCCUGCAGUCAGAGACCUCAGUCAUUUAGCUGUGUCCCUCAUACAGAGCUGACAGUGCUGCUGGGUUUGACAUAUGUGUUUGCUGGCUUCCUCUGCUUGCCCCAGUGUCUGGUGCCUUAUUGGGUCAGCCC